AUGCGUGCUCACCUUUCAUUAUCAAGCCGUUCAAAUGCUAUUGGAGUUUCUCCACAACUCCUAGCACAUGAAUCCCUCACCGUUAGCCUCGAAACAGCCCAAUCAACAUCCGCUAUGAUGUUGAAAUUGGCAUACAGUCAAGGCAUGGCGCCUAGAGAGGUAGGCGCCAUGCGUGACUGUGUGGAGGAAUUAAGUGACGCAGUUAGUGGAAUUAAAAAAUCUUUAGGGGAAAUGAAGGAAUUGAGGGGAAAAGAUUUUGAUCUGAAAAUGAAUGAUAUUCAAACAUGGGUGAGCGCCGCCUUGACCGACGAGCAAUGCUUUGGCUUUAAUCAACAGUCUUGCUGCCCUUCACGGCUAAAGUAUAAUUAA